CUUCUGUUGCCGGAGUUGAAAACCCGUAUUUGAAGAUGAAGGGUCAGGAUCUCGAAUUGGAGAAAGCUCGAUUGCUGAGCCUAGCUACCAAACUCGGAUUCGAUAAAGAUUCUUCGAAGAAAUGCUUGGAUCGAUUCGUCGCUCUUUACGGUGAUGAUGGUCGGGAUUUCAUCACUGUUGAAUUAUGUGGAGAUGAUUUUCUUGCGGCGUUAGCUGAUUUCGAGAACGGAUCCGAGGAAUGGGAUGACAUACAGGCUCUAGAGUCUGAAGCUCAAGGAACGUUGGCUGAAAUGUUUUACAAAGCUAACCCUAGUGAUAACGGAUUCGAGACUGAUGGUGGUGAUGAUGAUGAUGAUUCAAGAGUCGAUGUUCAUGUCACUGAAGGUUCUCAUGAGCCAAAGAAAAACCCGCAAGAUAUGGAGCUGGAUAAUGAUUUGGAACUUCCAAGGAGAUCGCAGACAGGCUCCAGAAAUCACUCUUUGAGAUCUAUGGAAUAUUCCAUGGAAGAUUCAGUUUCAACAGUUUCAGGCAGAAAACCUUCGGCAGAGAUAUCAGAAAAGGACCAUGAAAUUCCAAGUUACGAAGAGUUGCAGUCGUUGGAUGAUCUGGAAUUUGCAAACUUGGUGAUUUUUGGGAACAAGGCGUUUCGGCCCCUGCAGCAUCAAGCAUGUAGAGCAUAUAUGGAAAAGAAGGAUUGCUUUGUCCUAAUGCCAACGGGAGGGGGAAAAAGUUUAUGUUACCAGCUUCCUGCAACACUAAAAGCUGGAGUUACCAUAGUUAUAUCUCCUCUGUUAUCCCUCAUCCAGGAUCAGAUAGUUGCACUGAACCUUAAGCUCGGAGUACCAGCGACUUUUUUGAACUCUCAGCAAACAUCUUCCCAAGCAGCAGUUGUAUUACAAGAGCUCAGAAGAGACAAACCGUCAUGUAAACUCUUAUACGUGACACCUGAGAAAAUCGCUGGGAGUUCUUCCUUUUUGGAGACACUAAGAUGCUUAGACCGCAAGGGCCUGCUCGCGGGUUUUGUGGUUGAUGAGGCUCACUGCGUGAGCCAAUGGGGACAUGACUUCCGGCCAGACUACAGAGAACUUGGAUGUCUUAAGCAGAACUUUCCCCAAGUUCCUGUGAUGGCUCUUACAGCAACGGCAACUGAAUCAGUCUGUCAGGACGUACUAAAAAGUCUGAGAAUUCCCAGGGCUCAGGUUCUAAAGAUGAGCUUUGACAGAACCAAUUUGAAGUACGAGGUGAUCAACAAGACCAAGGAGCCACUGAAACAGCUGCAAGAGCUGCUAAGAGAUCGGUUCAAGGAUCAGUCUGGGAUCGUUUACUGUCUCUCCAAAAGCGAAUGUGUCGAUGUUGCAAAGUUUCUGAACGAGAAAUGCAAGGUGAAAACCGUUUAUUACCACGCUGGUAUGCCCGCCAAGCAGAGAGUUGAUGUUCAGAGGAAAUGGCAAACCGGGGAAGUUCGGAUUGUUUGUGCAACCAUUGCAUUUGGGAUGGGGAUAGACAAAGCAGAUGUGCGCUUCGUUAUACACAACACCUUGUCGAAAGCGAUAGAAAGCUACUACCAAGAGUCAGGGAGAGCAGGAAGGGACGGGCUUCAAGCGCAGUGCAUUUGCUUGUACCAGAAGAAAGAUUUUAGCAGAGUCGUCUGCAUGCUGCGCAACGGACAAGGUAGAAACAUGGAUAGAUUCAAAUCAGCCAUGGCUCAGGCCAAGAAGAUGCAGCAAUACUGUGAACUCAAGACAGAAUGCAGAAGACAGAUGUUACUAGAGUACUUUGGAGAGUCAUUCGAGCCAAGGAUCUGUAAAAGCAGUUCAAAUCCUUGUGAUAAUUGUGAAAAGAGCUAAAUUAAUCUUAAUAAGAUCUUCGAUGACUUAACCUGUCAUGGAUGUAUAAUUUUGUUCACAUGACGAGAGUUAAAUAGUAAAUCAAGUU